AUGACACUCAUUAAACAAGUCCAGUUAUUUAAAAUACCAUUUAUAGGAGAUAUUUUUGGUGGAACUAAUUUUGAUACUAGCAACACCACAGACGACGCCUUCUUAAAUAUAUCACAAUUGGUUCAAAAAUAUGCAUUUCAAUUCGAAGAGCAUACCGUUACCACUGAGGAUGGCUACAUUUUGGCACUUCAUAGAUUGCAGAGCACGAAGAAAAAUGGAAUUCCAGUACUUUUGAUGCACGGGAUUUUGGAUUCGGCGGAUUGCUGGGUUUUACAAGGACCCAAUAACUCCUUGGGAUAUAUUUUGGCUAACGAAGGAUUCGACGUAUGGAUGGGAAAUGCUAGAGGAAACCAAUAUUCACUCUCACACGUAAACUUAACAAGCAACGAUCGAAUGUUCUGGAACUUUACAUGGGAAGAAAUUGGAUUGUACGAUCUGCCAGCAUUUAUUGACUAUAUUUUAAAUAAGACGGACUCCCAAGCACUUUACUACGUCGGCCAUUCACAAGGCACGACAAGUUUUUAUGUCAUGAACGCCUUACGCCCCGAGUACAAUAAAAAGAUAAAAUUAAUGUUCUCCCUAUCACCAAUAGCUUGGAUGAAGAAUAUAGAGAAUUCAAUACUCAAAUUCAUAUCAAAGUUCGUCAGUUAUUCGCCCGCGUUCAACGUAUUCACGCCGAGUAAGGAGUUUUUCGUUAAAGUAUCAAAAUUCUGCACUCUAUUCUUUAACAAUUGCGACAAUUUGAUGAAUCUGUUUUCUGGUAGCGAGAAUAGCUUAGUUGAUAAAUCAAUGUUGCCAGUAAUCUACGGCCAUUACCCGUCAACUUCUUCCACUCUGCAGUUCAUUCACUACGGUCAAUUGAUCAACUCUGGUCGGUUUUGUAGAUUUGAUUUUGGCGACAAAAAUAUAUUAAAAUACGGUGACAUAUUGCCUCCUAAUUAUGAUUUAAGUAACGUGGUAGUUCCAAUCGUAUUAUUCUAUAGCAAUAAUGACUGGUUGUCCAAUUUACUGGAUGUGGAAACUUUGAGCGAACAUUUGCCGCUGUCUGAGAAAUAUUUCGUUGAGAACUUUAAUCAUAUUGAUUAUUUAUACGCGAAGAUCGCGAAAGACAAAGUAUAUUGGAAUAUAUUAAAACACAUCUUCGAAUUAGAGAAAUCUUAUCUGUGA